UCCUAGCCCUGCACAGCAGAGGUGGUGGUGGUGGCCCUUGCCUGUGGCUCUUGUUCGGCUUGCGCCUCGACCUCGCAGCCAUGGAGGGACCCCAGGAGCUUAUGAGUGGGAAGCUCCAGCUCUGCCUCACCCCCGCUGCCCGGACCAGCCUCCUGCUGUUCAGGCUGAACGACGCGGCGUUGCGGGCGCUGCAAGAAUGUCGGCGGCAACAGGUUCGGCCCGUGAUCGCUUUCCAAGGCAACCGAGGGUAUCUGAGGUUCCCAGGCCCUGGCUGGUCCUGCCUCUUCUCCUUCAUAGUGUCCCAGUGUGGCCAGGAGGGCUCUGGAGGUGGCUUGGACCUUGUGUGCCAACGCUUAGGCAGAUCUGGACCUAACCACCUCCACUGCCUGGGCCCACUCAGGGAGCGCCUCACUAUUUGGGCAGCCAUGGAUUCCAUCCCAGCCCCAUCUACAAUUCAGAGAUAUAAUCUGACUGACAGUGCCAGAGAUCCUGAGAGUUGGCAGAACACAGGAGACUAUUCUGAAGAAGACACAGUUUCACAGCCACAGAUGGCACUAAAAGAGGUGCCAGAUCCACUGGCAAGCAGCCAAGGACAGUCACUCCCAGGAUCCUCAAGGGAACACAUGACACAGUGGGAAGUGAGAAACCAGACCUAUCUUCUGAACAGAGAACCUGACCAGGCACCGCCUUCCUCUGCUGGCCAGAAACAUUUGGACAAGAAGCGUCCAGCACCUACAACCACUCUAGGACUAAAAGAAAAGAGACUCAGAACUCUGCCUUUAGCUCCAAGUCCCCUACAAGGGCUGCCCAGUCAGGACCUACAAGAGGCAGAAGAUUGGGAACAAGAAGUUAAGGAUGACAUGGUCCCCAGGCUGGAACACAGUCCCUCCGUUCAAGCAGAUUCUGAAUCCCCAAGCCCUGAAGAGGUACCAGAUUACCUCCUGCAAUACAGAGCCAUCCACAAUGCGGAGCAGCAACAUGCUUAUGAGCAGGACUUUGAGACAGAUUAUACUGAAUACCGCAUCCUACAUGCUCGUGUUGGGGCUGCAAGCCAAAGGUUCAUAGAGCUGGGAGCUGAGAUCAAGAGAGUUCAGCGAGGAACUCCAGAACACAAGGUACUGGAAGAAAAAAUAGUCCAGGAAUAUAGAAAGUUCAGGAAGCGGUACCCAGGUUAUAGGGAAGAAAAGCGUCGCUGUGAGUACCUGCAUCAGAAAUUGUCCCACAUUAAAGGUCUCAUCCUGGAGUUUGAGGAAAAGAACAGGGGCAGCUGAAGCUGUCAGAGGGCUCUUUACCCUCUCUCUGCUCAGUGAGAUAUGAAGGAACAAAGCAGCUAUGAACUACACAGAGUGCAACUAUCUGCUCUUAUUGCUGAGUCCAUGGUGGCAAGUACGAGAGUCGAACUUUUAGAUUCUUUAAGGUCUGACUUUCAUUGUUGCCAUAUUUUACUUCUUAGGGUUUGGGCCCAGUGCCAACACUCCACAGCUGUGCCCAGGAGAAUAGGAAGAGUAGUAGAGGCUUGUCUUCUUCAUCUUUAGUUCAGCCAAGUCAUUUUCAAAUCGUGAGAAAUGACACCAUUUCCAGGACAAGAUACCUUGAGAACGUUAGAAUUUAGCCUGGUAGCCUCCCUGAAGAAACAGUAAUGAGAACUUUUGGUAACAGCUAAAAUAACUUGUAAUACACCUAGAUAUAAUGGGAAAGGGCUUGGUUGUUCCCCUUGUACUGAAAGUGAAUUCUUUUACAAACAUGGCUGAAAAAUGAAAACUGUUUGCUUCUGUGUCCUCUGUACAAGUUUAUAUGUUUUCCUUAACUCCAAGGUAACAGUUCUACCCAUGAAUGUCUAUUUGAACCACUUCUUGGGUUCUCUAAAGAAUUAAUUCCCCAGAUCCCAGCCCAGGUCUUAUGAAUUAGAACCUUCAAGGUUAUGGUUAAGCAUCUUUACUUUUUCAAAGCACUAAGGAUGAUCCUGAUAUAUAUUUUGCUAUUAAGGCUCUAUCAAAUCCAUCUUAUAAUUGACAGCUAGGGAUUACAAAAGGAAUAAAGUUCUCUUUUUCAAAACAUAGAGGUUGAGGAUCACCUACAAUUAGGGCUCCUAUCUGGAAUUAUCCAGUACUGAAAACUUUUAACUGCAGAUAGGAUUUGGAUUUACCCACAAAAAGAGGGAAAUUCAUUUGAACAAAAGAUCACAUCAAUCCUAUCGUUUUUGUUCCUCAUUGUUGCAGAAGAAAAGUGGAUGCUUCAUUCACAACUAGGAAUGAUACUGUCUUUCCCAGUUCCACUGGAGAGGGAAAUUAAUGGGCCACACCCUGUGCUUUGGGGGGGAGAGAACUGCACCCAGCAGUGUCAGCAAUUCCUGAAACAACUUGGAUGGAACCCCAACCUGAUGCCACACCCAUCCAGGGCAUUUUUAGGCAGAGACUAGUCUUUGGGAAGUAUAAACAUGCUCAGCUGCAUGGCAAGGGUAAACAGUAACCCAACCUUAGGGUAUGGGUAGGGCCAGAAACGGAGCCCAAAAAGAAAGGUCCCUCACCUGCUCUAAUCAUCAGGCUAGGGGCCUGGGCCCUAACAUGUAAGGAUAGAAAAGUGAUGAAAUUUGGAAAGGAUUUACAGGUAAUAACUAUGGAUCCAGUUAGUUGGUCUACAGCAGCACUGACCAAUAUGGUAGCCACUAGCUCUAUGUGUGACUAUUUAAAUCAUAUUUAAUCUUAGCCAUAUUUCAAAUGCUCAGUAGCUACAUGUAUUAGACAAUGAAGAUUAUAGAAUUUUCCCAACAUGGCAGAAAGUUCUAUUGGACAGUGCUGAUCUAGAAAACCUUGGUUCCCCAUCUCCUGGAAAAAAGACGGUUUAAAGGGGGCUCAUUUAUUGUCACUGUUCCAAAUGUACAAAAAAAAUUAGAAAAUAACCCCCCAAUUCAAUCCC